AUGGUUGGAGGAGGAAAUAUUACCAAAAUCACAGAAUUCAUCCUUCUGGGAUUCUCAGAUUUCCCCAGAAUCAAAGCACUGCUCUUCAUCAUAUUCCUGCUCAUCUACAUCACAGCUCUGACCUGGAAUCUGUGCCUCAUUCUUUUAAUAAGGAUGGAUUCCCACCUCCACAUCCCCAUGUACUUCUUCCUCAGUAAUCUGUCCUUUAUAGAUCUCUGCUUUAUCUCCUCAACAGUCCCAAAUGUACUUUUCCACUUAUUCAAGGGAAAGAAAACUAUCAGCUUUGUGGGCUGCUUAGCUCAGUACUUCUUUUGCUCUGCUCUGGGGCUGAGUGAAUCAUAUCUCAUGACCGUCAUGGCCUACGACAGGUAUGCUGCCAUUUGUAAGCCACUGCUCUAUUCAUCCAUCAUGUCACCCACCCUCUGUGUUCAGAUGGUGAUGGGAUCAUAUGUGGCAGGACUCACAGGUUCUUUAUCUCAGUUGUGUGCCUUGCUGCAGCUCCACUUUUGUGGACCUAAUAUCAUCAGGCACUUCUUCUGUGACAUACCCCAGCUUCUACUUCUAUCCUGCACUGACACUUUCUUUGUCCAAAUCUUGAUAAUUAUAUUAGCAAUGCUGUGUGGGCUAAUGAAUGCAUUAGUUGUCAUGAUAUCCUAUGUUUAUGUGGCCAUGUCCAUCAUGAGGAUAACAUCCACUAAAGGCAGGUUCAAGGCAUUCAACACCUGUGCUUCUCAUCUGACAGCUGUUUCCCUCUUCUAUACCUCUUGUUUGUUUGUUUAUUUUAGUUCAAGUUCUGGUGAUUCCUCCAGCUUUGAUAGGUUUGCUUCCUUGUUUUACCUUGUGAUAAUUCCCAUGUUGAACCCCUUGAUUUAUAGCCUGAGAAACAAGGAAAUCAAAGAUGCCAUUAAGAGACUGCAGAAGAAGACAUACCACUGUUAA